AAAAAAAAAAAAAAUAGGCGUAAAAUGACAAACAUCUAAGGUUGUGCCCAACAGUUCGGUUCCUACUUCUUUUUUUGUGUGUUUUUUCUAUCCCGGAAGGGAUCACAUUUUUUUCCCUUUUUUCCCCUUUAUUUUAUCGCUCAAUCUCUAUUUUUUUUACGAUUGAAACCGAGUCAUGGAAAAUGCCAAUUGUAUUGUUAUUUUCGAUAAUACGGCGUUGGCCAAAGUGGUUUAUGCAUCCGAAGGCAUCACUGACGCAUUAGGAUAUACUGUAGAUGAAGUGGUUGGCAUGGAUGGAUAUCAACUUGCCAUGGUGAGCGACAUGGAGAGAAUUUACCGAGUGCACGUCCCUUGUGUGAUGGAUGAAACUAUGGCGACUGUCAUAUUCUACCGAAUGCGCCAUAAAAACGGGCAACCUGUUCACGUACAUUCGACGGUGCACUACUGCUUCGAUUUGUUGGUGGUGGUGGUGUUUGUGGAGACGCCUGGGAAGACUUCGACGCGAUCAAAGAUUCACACCAGUUCGGCCGAUGAUGUGUACACCAUUAACAGCAACCGUAGCAUCAGCCGGAGUGUCAGUCUUGUAGGGACAUGGCGAUCGUCGGAAACCCAGAUCCGUCCAUUGUUGCGCUCGUCGGCCCGUUGGGUGGAUAACCAAGUCGCGCACAAGCAAGAACCUCGAUUUUGCCUCAUUUUGAAUCGGUAUUCGGACCAGCUGCCCAUCAUAUUCGUUUCGCAUCUCGCCGAAAGCUUGAUAUAUACCAGUAACAGUGACCUCGUUGGACGAUCGCUGUUCAGCUUCGUGGCACCGGAAGACCUAGAUAUCGUUCGUAUGCAGAUCGGUAUUGCCAAAAGCAGUGAUAUGGUGGUGCGACUGCGGUUUCACUGGAUUGUCGAUCACACUAACCAGACAUCACUUCCCGUGGAAACCGUCAUCUCAUGUUGCGAUGACGGCAUUGUCAUGGUGGCACGAAUGGCGUGUGUCCUUGCCGAAGCAUCUUGAUGGCCUCCUCCGCUCGCUACCCCAACCUUCUUUACCGGAACACCAGAGUCACAGGACAACCCAAGUGGGUCCACCAGUCACGAUCCGAUCUGCAUGGCAUGGAAUCAUUUUAUCAUUUUUUUUUUCAAAGUUUGCUUCCAUCCCAAUAAUAUUACAAAUAUGCAUUUGUUUUUUUUAUUUUUAUUUUUUUCCCUUUCCUUCUAUCCUUUCUCUUCUCUUGGG